AUGAGUUACAAUAGCUACGAGCAAACGUCGUACACGUCGUACGGCGCCGGCGGCGGUGCUGGCGGCGGUGGCUUCAUCCCAGGCGAAGGCAGCCAGCAGAGCCCUGGUGGGCGAAGAGACCAGCAGCAAGACUCUCUUCGUCCUGUCACCAUCAAACAGAUACUCGAUGCUCAGCCUGACGCUGGCAGCGACUCCUUCAAGAUCGACGGCCACACUGUCUCCCAGCUUACCUUUGUCGGACAAAUUCGCAACAUCUCGACGCAGACUACCAACACUACCUACCGACUCGACGAUGGCACCGGUAGCAUCGAAGUCAAGCAGUGGGUCGACUCGGAUACUGUUGACCAAAACAACCCUACCAAAGCUAAGCUUGUCGAAGGUGCAUACUGUAGAGCAUGGGGAAAGCUGAAGAGCUUCAACGACAGGAGAUCCGUUGGCGCCCAAAUUAUUCGCCCCAUUGAAGACAUGAACGAGGUGUCGUAUCAUUUGCUUGAAGCCACCUCCAUCCAUCUGUUCUUUACUCGCGGGCCGCCAGGAGGGGCCAAUGCUGGUGCAGGCGCUGCCAACACCAGCGGUGGAGCCGUGCAGCAAGGAGCUGGCGCUUAUGGGGCUUACGACCUCUCUGGCUACAACCCUGUCGCCAGGAAGGUGUUCCAAUACCUGCGAGAAACGCCUCAGUCGAACGAAGGCAUCCACCAACAUGCGAUUGCGGGGAGUCUCAGUCUUGAAUCCGCUGAUGUCUUGAGGGCUGGCGAUGAUCUUCUGGCAGGCGGUCUCAUCUACACGACUGUUGACGACCACACAUGGGCAGUGCUCGAGGCUGAUUAA